UGCUGGGCCCCAGUUUCCCAAUCUGUACAAUGAGUGGGUUGGACUAGAUCAUUGUAAAGGGCCUUUCUAACUCUUUCAGUCUCCCAGAUGGGAGGAGGGACCGGUCCUACCUCUAACUCCACCCCCUUGGAUAUGCCCUCUGGCUGCCAAGGGGAAAGGUGACAGAGUCAGCUGGGCUCAGCUUCAAGGGGACCAGGUAGGAGACGUGCCAAGGUUCUUGGGCAAGGGUGGCAAUGGUGCUCCUGGGCUGUAGGCAGGCAGUGGGGAAGGUGUCAUAGGUAAAUGUCAUCUGGAGACACUGUGGCCUGGACACGAGGAGAGGCAAAGGCACUGUGGGGAGAGACACUCCUCUUCCAGGGACACAGCUGUGAUGACAAGUCAGGAGACACUUUGCGUCUGGGUAUCUUCCUACUUUGGAUAGUGCUGGGAGGCCUCUACCCUCUUUAGCCAGCCAGUCUCUUAGGGACAGAGUGAGCUGCAGAGUAAGAACAACCCAAACCCACGGACUGCCUGCCUGAGCCCUGCCCACCACUCCCUGAGCAGCACUGCCUGAGGCUGCCCACCACUCCCUGAGCGGGACCAAAGGAGCUCGGGUAGGGGCCAGGCUCGCCUGAGUGUACCCAGAUGCACUCCUGUCAGCUUUCUGUAGUGCUUCAACCACUGCUCUCCCUGCUCUCUGCUUUUUUUUGCCCCAGCUCAGGGAUGGGGGUGGGCAGAGAAAUCCUGCCACCCUCACUUCUGUCCUUUCCACCUCCAGGGGGGCCAUGGCCAGUACAGAGUCCUCGCUGCUGAGAUCCCUAGGCCUCAGCCCAGGUCCUGGCAGCGGUGAGGUGGAGCUGGACUGCUGGUUUGAUGAGGAUUUCAAGUUCAUCCUGCUGCCUGUGAGCUAUGCAGUUGUCUUUGUGGUGGGCUUGGGCCUCAACACCCCAACCCUCUGGCUCUUCAUCUUCCGCCUCCGACCCUGGGAUGCAACGGCCACCUACAUGUUCCACCUGGCAUUGUCAGACACCUUGUAUGUGCUGUCGCUGCCCACUCUCAUCUAUUAUUAUGCAGCCCGCAACCACUGGCCCUUUGGCACCGGGAUCUGCAAGUUUGUCCGCUUUCUUUUCUAUUGGAACCUCUACUGCAGCGUCCUUUUCCUCACCUGCAUCAGUGUGCACCGCUACCUGGGCAUCUGCCAUCCACUGCGGGCACUACGCUGGGGCCGCCCUCGCCUCGCAGGCCUUCUCUGCCUGGCAGUUUGGUUGGUUGUAGCCGGCUGCCUCGUGCCCAACCUGUUCUUCGUCACAACCAGCACCAAAGGGGCCACUGUCCUGUGCCAUGACACCACUCGGCCUGAAGAGUUUGACCACUAUGUACACUUCAGCUCGGCAGUCAUGGGUCUGCUUUUUGGUGUGCCCUGCCUGGUCACUCUUGUCUGCUAUGGGCUCAUGGCCCGGCGCCUGUGUCGGCCCUUGCCAGGUGCUGCCCAGUCGUCUUCCCGUCUCCGCUCUCUCCGCACCAUCGCUGUGGUGCUGACUGUCUUCGCUGUCUGCUUUGUGCCUUUCCACAUCACCCGAACUAUUUACUACCUCGCAAGGCUGUUGGAAGCUGACUGCCGGGUGCUGAACAUUGUCAACGUGAUCUAUAAAGUGACUCGGCCACUGGCCAGCGCCAACAGCUGCCUGGAUCCUGUGCUCUACUUACUCACGGGGGACAAAUAUCGAUGUCAGCUCCGGCAGCUCUGCGGUGGUGGCAAGCCCCAGUCCCGCACGGCUGCCUCUUCCCUGGCACUAGUGUCUCUGCCUGAGGAUAGCAGCUGCAGGUGGGCGGACACCCCCGCAGGACAGUAGCUGCUCUACUCUUAGGGUAGAUAGAUUGUAACGCGGGAAGCCAGGAAGGGAGAGAAAAGGGGGUGAGUGCAGGGCAGAGGUGAGGGAACCCAAUAGUGAUACCUGGUAAGGUGCUUCCUCCUCUUUUCCAGGCUCUGGAGAGAAGCCCUCACCCUGCGGGUUGCGGGGAGGCAAGGACAUCAUGUGUAACCUCAUCUCUCAUAACCCCUUCAGUUGCCCACUCCUUUUUAGCUAAUGCCAGUCUUCUACUCCUUUCUCUUUGUUUCUAUCCCUUCCUGGGGCCAUUGGUUCUACAUGUCUUCUUGAAAAAUCUUCCCCAGUCCUCUUUCCCCAUCCCAUUUCCCCCACAGCUGCCUAGACCAUGUAUUUCUCCAGCCACACCAGAGCAUUCAGCUGAAGGGGUGGAUCGGAUCAGGCAGAGUCAUCUCAGGACUGGCCUGACUUAUCUGAUGAUGAUAACCAGAAUCAGGAAGUGGAGGCAACUUCCAUAUCACAGAUGCCGAGGAUGUGCCAUAUGUAGCACCCACACCAACUUCCUGGUUCUCCCUCAAAGACAGCAGAGUCUUGCUUACUGAGGCACUGGAAUAGGGUGCGAUCCUGGGGAGCCUGCAUGCAGCUGGGGGCCUGACACUGUUGAACUGGUAUGCAGCACGAAUUAAAGUCCUGUCAUGGGGUGGGGACCUUAGCUGAUAACAGCCUUUGGGACAGGAAUGGGACUGGACCUCCUUUAUGAUGUUUGCUGAGAACAUGUAUAUGACAGCUCUCCUGUAUUUAACCAAAGGAAAAGUGGAUGGCUAAGACUGAGGGGGUGGAGCUCUCAUGUCUGGCUGUAAGUUCUGGCAUUGAGGGGUAGAGCAGGUUUGUGCAGAGGACGGUGGUAACAGGAAUUGAUGCCCAGAGCUAGCGUUUUAGGGAUCUCUCCCUUUCUCUAGCUCCUGCCCCAAAUGAAUGAUAAAUCUGUCACCAGCUCUUUUAGAUCAGGCUUCAGGACUUUGAGGCCAGGGUGGAGCACUAAGACUGUUAAGGUUCUUUUUAAAGUUUCCUACCCAUUCAUUCCUACUCUCUCUCAGUGCCAUCUUAGCACUUACAGGCUUAUAGGAUCAAGUCGCUAGGGGGAGGAGGUAUGUUGGAAAUUGAGAAACUAACCCCUAAGUCUUGGGAAGUCAGAAUUUCUUGGCAGGCAUUCUUGAGAAGGGUGGGCUCACAUUUACAGGUCUUUGCCCUCUGAAAUCACCUUCCAGCCUGUUGGUCUCCUGAGUCAGACCCCAGCCGUGCCUUUCUUUUUUUCCCACCCUUGCUGACCUGUCUCUGAUCUCUUAUUUAUCUAAUGAUAUACCAACUUCCUAUUGGCUUCUAAGAGGUCUCUCUCUGGAGACUAGGGUUGGGGUCGGACUGCAGGAAAAAAAAAAUGACUUCAGUUUCCCUAAAUUUCCCUUUUUGUUUUUUGAAGGGCUCCCACCUUCUCCCUAGAUAUCCAGGACCUUCUUGCUACGCAGGACUCCUGCCAUUAGGAGUAAAUGAACCAGCCUCUUCUCCUCUUCUUAAUAGUUCUCCCAGUCUCACAGCCACUGCUUAAGCUGUUACAGACACUGUUCCUCAUCUGUGCUCUCUUCCUUUUAUUCCUUUGACUAUGGCCUCUUUGCCCAUCACCUCCCCUACCUGCUGUCCCCAUCCAGUAAAUCUGCUGCCUCCAUCCCAAUUGACUCAGCCUCCUCCAUUUCCUCGGUCUAUUUAACUCCCAUAUGCUUAAUUGAGACAAACUUUCUUGUGCAUUACUUUAGGGCUGUCUUCCCUUGCACUUAAGCUUUAAACACCUUGACUUUCACCUCAGGCCAAUCUCCUUUCAUCUAGGACUGGAGGGGAUUGCAGAUGAAGCCAGAGGACAAGGCUGGCUUGACCCACUAACACUUCAAAUCCUGGAACUUCACCUAAGCUCUCAUUCGUCUUAGACUGGCGUGUUCCUAGCAAACAUUUCCCAUUCCACAGGGCCCCAAAUUCAUCUUCCUCUUGUGACCUCUUAAGAGUUACCUUGGCUGGGUGCAGUGGCUCACACCUGUCAUCUCAGCACUUUGGGAGACCAAAAUGGGUGGAUCACAAGAUCAGGAGUUUGAGACCAGCCUGGCCAACGUGGUAAAACCCUGUCUCUACUAAAAAUAUAAAUAGUAGCCAGAUGUGGUGGUGGGCACCUGUAAUCCCAGCUACUCAGGAGGCUGAGGGAGGAGAAUCAGUUGAACCUGGGAGGUGGAGGUUGCAGUGAGCCGAGAUUGUGCCACUGCACUCCAGCCUGCGUGAUAGAGUGAGACUCUGUCUCAAAAAAAAAUGACCUUGCCUCUUGCAAAAUUGGGAAGCUCUAAUACUUCAACUUUUGUUUCAUUCAUAACUGCUUUGUAUUUGCCUUGUCUUCCUCUCUUUCUUCCCUGCAGUUCCAGAAUAAGAGGUGGUCUCCUUUCUUAUUCCUUUACCUCUCUCCUUUAUUUCAAGUCUCUUCCAUCACUUUAUUUUAUCCCAUCUUAAACACAAACAAACAACAAAAACAAAGCAUUACCAAUUACCACUGACACCUUAAC